CUCCGCCACCGCCCAGCCACCGGCCGGGGCUUCCCGCCCUCAACAGCUAUUGGCCCCUCCCGCCGCCGCUCGCGGCCGGCGCGGCCGCAUUGGCCCGCGAGGCGGCAGGAGGAGGGGCGGGGCAGCGGCGCCCCGUUGCCGCGGUGACGGGGGACGCGUCCGGUGCCGGCGGGCGGCUCCGGGCCGUGAGGCGGCACCGCGGCCUUCGGGCGGGUCAGGGCGGCUGUGCGCUGCCGCUGCGGCGCGGCCGCCCCGGUGCCCCCACCGCGGGGUCGGGAGCCACGAGGUAAGCAGUGGGUAUUGCUAUGGACAGUGUUUCCUCAGGCUCUUCUCUGCAGUUCCUUGCCAAACUACUUCGUGAUCCUCAAGAAGAAGAUGAUGAUGAUGAUAAUGAACAUGUGCCACACUGUUCUUUUAGCGCCAUGACUCCUGGUAGCAUUGGACCAGUAAAGAAAGAGACCACUGGUGCUUUUCAAGUGAAAUCUGAAAAUGGGAAAACUAUUUGGAAUACAGAGGAGGUCCCAGAAGAAUCUGAAUUUGAUGAUACCUGGGACCCUAGAGAACAGCCAGAGUAUCAGAUUUUAUUCAAACAGUGUGUGGGAACAGAGGACGUCUUCUUUGGGAUGAGCAGGAAAGAUCCCUCCACAGCCUGCUGUGAAGAUAUGGUGAUUAAAAUCAAGCUGCCAGAGACAAAGUACUCGGACAUCAUAUUAGAUAUCCAGGACAAGGUUCUUGACCUUCGAACUCCGAAAAAGAAGCUGCUGCUGCAUCUCCCCUACCAGGUAGACAGCAAGAAUGGUAAAGCUCGUUUUCUCUCUGAAGAGGAGACCUUGGAAGUCACCUUGAGAUUAUCAAGGAAGUUUGAUUUCAUAAAUUUUGUCUGAUGGAUUGAGAAAGUUUGCAAAAUGUAAUCUCUCAGUUUGAAGUCUUCUUGAAACCUAGCUGGUCAUGAAAUAGUAGCUUGUUUCCCUUGAACAAUCCAGGGGGAAUAUCCCUGGAGAAACUGAAUGAGUUAGGAGGAACCUAGCACCCACAUGUUCUAUAAGCUGAGGCUGUCCAGCUCUUGCACUGCUCUGGUUAAUGUUCUGCUUCCUUCAGUCUGAUACAGGCUCUGUGAAUCAGAAAAUAGGAGACUACAAUUCUGUAAGCCAGAGAAAGUCUUUCUGUGGUUAUGGCUGAUAAGUAGCACGAUGAGGCUCUGACCAAUGGGUCUGGUGCUUAGUUACCGUUGCAAGACUUGCAAGUGGUGAUACUCUUGCUUGGCCUCCAAUUCUGGGAUGGGGAUGGUACAGAAUGGCCUCUUAGCUACUUCUUGAUGAGAAGAUCAAAGCUCUUUAGGGGUCCAUGUCCACAUCUGAGGCUGCUUUACACUGGCAGAACAAAGUAACCAGCUAUAGUUGGAUUGUUGAACAGCUCAGCUCUUUUGAACAAUUUUUGACAAUGUGCGGUUUAGUGUCAUCUAUUCACCUGCCAUCCCUCUAGCUAUUUUUCUGAUCUUUCUUGAUUAAUAAAAGAAUGUGUUCUAAUGAA